AUGAUAAGAACAUUUUCUAACGAUCUAGCAGAAGAUUUUGAAAAAUUAUAUGAAACCAAAGAACAUUAUGAUACAAUUAUUAUGGUCGGAGAAGAACCAAAUAUUGAAAAAAUUUAUGCCCAUUCUAUAGUUCUUUAUACUAGAUCACUUUAUUUUCGUAGAGCAUUAUCUGAUAAAUGGGCUGAAAGAAAAGAUGGUUAUUUGAUUUUAUCAAAACCUAAUAUAAUCGCAUUAGUUUUUAAAAUUAUUCUUAAGUUUUUAUAUUGUGGAAUAGUGGAUUUAGAAAACGAAGAAAUUGAAAUAAUUUUAAAACUUUUAGUUGCUGCUGAUGAACUUUUAGUUCAAAAACUUAUUGAUUAUGUUCAAGAAUUUUUAAUCGAAAAUAAUUCUAAAUUCAUGAUACAAAGCCCUAUUGAAAUGCUUUAUUUUAUUGUUUAUAAUAGCCAAUUUAAUGAACUUAAAGAAGCUUAUACCGAUAGUGAAGACAUUGAUCAACUAGGAGAGACAUUACGUAAAUUAAUUAAAUUUGUUAGAUUUUAUCAGGUAGAUCGUAAGGAUUUUAUUCCUAAAGUAUGGGCAUAUAAGCACCUCCUUCCUGAAAAUUUAAUUGAGGACAUACUACGUUGUUAUUUGAAUCCAGAUGCUAGACCAUUAUACCACACAUUUCCAAUCAGACGAGGCAACUUCAAAAUAGAUACAAAAUUAAUGGAUGAAGAGAUUGCACUAGCAUUAGCAAAAUUGAUGGGAUCACGUCACUAUUUUAAUCUUCUUUAUCGAAGUAAUUUACAUGGUCAUUCAUCACAAAUAUUUCAUGAAAGAUGUGAUAACAAAGGGGCAACAAUUGUUGUAGCGAAAAUUUUAAAUUCAAAUACACUAAUUGGUGGUUAUAAUCCACUUGAUUGGAAUGGGGAUAAUGUAUGGAAACAAACGAAUGAUAGUUUCUUAUUUAGAAUUGAUACAGAUGAUUAUCACAUAAAAUUAGAGGAAUCUCACAUUAGAGAUAGUGCUAGUGGUUUUGCAAUUUAUUGCGGCAGUGAUUAUGGACCAAGUUUUGGUGAAGGCCCCGAUUUACGUUUUUUUGAUAACAAUAAUAUUUUGAAAUGUAAAGCAAGAUCUUAUCCUAAAUUACUAAGUAUAAGUUCAUUUACAUUCUCAAGUUAUGAAGUUUUUCAAGUAGUUAGGAACUCUACGUAG